AAUUCUUUAGAGAGAAGUAUUUCAUCAGAUUGCUGUUACUUUCUUUUUUUUUUUUUUUUUCUUUCCAAUUUUUCCAUUUUCUCGAGAAAAUUCUCUCUCUCUCUCUCUCAAUUUUCCCAUCUCCCUGAAAUCGCAAUCGAUCUCUCUCAAACAGUUUUCUCUCUCGCUUUCCCUCCUUUUCUCGGCCUCCAAUCACCCAUUUCAAUCGUCUUCGCCCUUCUCGUUGCCAGACCCACCAUACCCACUUUCACUUCCCCAAGAUCUGGGGCUUUCUUCUGUCCCUGUAGCUCUGAAUCUGAUCAAGAAAAAUUCUGGGUUGCAUUCAUUUUGUAAUCUUGAUUUGUUCUUGUUCAGGAUGCUUUGAGAUUUAUUGCCUUUCGUGGGUCGGAAUUGGCAUCUAGGGUUAAGUGAUUGGUGGUGGUGUUGGUUGAUAUCGGUGCAGUUCAUGCGAGAGUCACGGUCUGGUUUCGAUGAAUAUGGAAAUCUCUUGCGAUGUGGCGUCUUUGGACGCUGAAUUGUUGCAGCUGGCGGAGGUCUCUCCUUUGGCGAUUAAAUCCAAUCCUGAUUUUGUUGAGAAGCUGUUUGAGCAGUGGCUUUCGCUUCCUGGCACUAAUCGCCUGGUGGCAUCAUUGUUAAACGAUGCAAAGGCUGGUGUACCCUUGAAUGUGCCUGGAAAUUCUUCUAGUCCUCAUGCUUCUGCUAGCAAUUCACUGCCUUCUAUAUUUCCUGCUGGAAGUGCUCCUCCUCUAUCACCAAGAAGUGCAUCUGGUUCCCCUCGGGUGACGAGACAGAGGGUUGGCCCUUCUAAUUUAGGCUCCCCACUGAAAGUUAUUAGUGAGCCAAUUAAAGAACCAAUUCCGCAGUUUUACUUCCAAAAUGGGCGUCCACCACCAAUUGACAUAAAAGAGCAGUGCUUGUUCAGGAUCAAUCAAGGUUUUUAUGGACACUUGGAUGGAUUACAGAUCCAUGAAUUUAGGGCAAUUACAAAAGAAGUAUGCAAGCUGCCAUCAUUCUUUUCCACUUCUCUUUUCAGAAAGAUCGAUUUUAAUGGCACUGGCAUUGUAUCAAGGGAUGCUUUUGUGGAUUACUGGAUCAAUGGAAACAUGUUGACACUGGAUAUAGCAACCCAAAUUUUUAGGAUUUUAAAGCAGCCAGAUCUCAAGUAUCUGACUCAGGAUGAUUUCAAACCUGUGCUUCGAGAACUUUUAGCAACACAUCCAGGGCUAGAAUUCCUGCAGAGCACUCCAGAAUUUCAGGAAAGAUAUGCUGAAACAGUAAUAUAUAGGAUAUAUUACUAUAUAAACAGAGCGGGCAAUGGUCAGCUUUCACUUAGGGAGCUCAAACGUGGAAAUUUGAUUGAUGCCAUGCAACAUGCUGAUGAAGAAGAGGAUAUCAAUAAAGUUUUGAGGUACUUUUCGUAUGAGCAUUUUUAUGUAAUAUAUUGCAAAUUUUGGGAGCUGGACAUGGACCAUGAUUUCUUGAUUGACAAGGAGAACCUUAUCAAAUAUGGAAAUCAUGCGCUUACCUACCGGAUUGUUGAUAGAAUAUUCUCUCAGGUUCCAAGAAAGUUUACUAGUAAGGUUGAAGGUAGGAUGGGAUACGAAGAUUUUGUUUAUUUUAUAUUGUCUGAGGAAGAUAAAUCAUCAGAGCCUAGCCUUGAGUAUUGGUUCAAGUGCAUAGAUUUGGAUGGUAAUGGAAUUUUAACACGGAAUGAAUUGCAAUUCUUUUAUGAGGAGCAGUUACAUCGUAUGGAGUGCAUGGCUCAAGAACCUGUGCUUUUUGAAGAUAUUUUGUGCCAGAUAAUUGAUAUGAUUGGACCAGAGAACGAGACUUUUAUCACUCUGCGCGAUCUGAAAGGCUGCAAACUUUCUGGAAGUGUUUUUAAUAUUCUUUUUAAUCUCAACAAGUUUAUGGCCUUUGAAACGCGUGAUCCAUUUCUUAUCCGCCAGGAACGUGAGAAUCCUACUUUGACAGAGUGGGACCGUUUUGCACAUAGAGAAUAUAUUAGGCUUUCUAUGGAAGAAGAUGUGGAAGAUGCCUCCAACGGAAGUGCAGAGGUUUGGGAUGAAUCUCUUGAAGCUCCAUUCUGAGUGAAUUGGGGAGAGCAGAAGUAAGCGGCUUGGCUUGAAAAUUUUCGUUUUUAAAUUGGCCACCAUUUGAAGAAAUGUACCGAUGGAUGAGUUCUUAUUAAUGAGAAUGCAGACAGCUACAACCAUGAUAGAGGAGGGGGGGGCUUUGCAGCUUUUACUUAUGGAAUGUCUUCUCUAAUGUUGCUCUUCUUGAAUACGAAUUGCAGGUCUCCAAUUGCUGCUUUGACCAAUUGCGACUAUCGCAUGGAACAUCCUGUAGAUUGUACUGAUACGACAUUCUGUAAGUGUUGUCUGCUUGGCACAGGUCAAUAAUUCAAGGCCAUUUAUUUAGUUUAGAACGCUGCCUUCCUUUUUUCCUCUUCAAUCUAAGUAUAUUUAUAGAUAGAUAUCAUCUAAACCCCUUCUUUUUGUUUGUAAUUUCAUUCUGUUUCUCAAAAAAGAAAAAAGAAAAAAAAAUCCCUUCCCAUAAUUGUCUUUGGUGGUUCUGUGAUGCUUUCAUUUGUAUGACUUUAUUUGAGUGAAAGGGCGGGUUAGUCUCUACCUUUUAUAUCCUUUUUGCUCUUUGUGUAAGAGCUGGGAAUUCUUCUUAUUUAUGAAUGAAUAUUCAUUUUAAAUGUUUCCUCUA